UUUGCCUUUUUGUCCAGUUUUGUUGAACAAACUAAAGACACGGUGCAUGAUGGAGUUUCUGUGAGAUACGUUAGGGGACAGACUCUAGUAAUUCAUCUCCUCUCCAUUUCUUUUUACAGGACUUUCAGUUUUUGUACUUGUCUUGCUUUCCAUUUUUCCUGUGGUUUUACUGCCUCAAGCUCCAACACCACCCAAUUUUGUGUCUCUCUGUCUCUCUCUCUUUCUCUCUCUGUCUUCCUUGCACACACCCAGUGUGUAAUGCGUCCGUUCUCAGCCAGGAAGGAGGAGCAGAGGAAGGCAGAACAGGACGUCUUCUGUCAAACAUCCACAUCUCCUCUUUCCCCACGAGGCAGAGUGGGUGGCGGCGGCCGCCUCUAAGGCUCCAUUCAUGACUGCAUGGCUGAUGGCCAUGUCCUAUCAGCCUCUGCGUCACUCCGGCAUGUCCGUCACCUGGCAGGGACAGAGCAGUUGACCAACAGGUCACAACAACGACAUGCUGAGCAGAGCCAUGUGAUUUAAAAGUGGAUAAUAUUGCUGAGAGAGAGAGAGAAAGAGAUAACUGACUUUGAGCUGAAAUGGGAAAUGCCUCUGAAGUUGUAAUUGGAUUGUAUGUGUCCACAAUCUCCAAAGAAGGCGACUACAUACUGGCCUCCAUCUACACCAUCUUUGGUGUCAUGUCUCUGAUGGGGAACAGCACCCUGCUGUUUGUGGCCUACCGGAAGAAGUCCUCUCUGAAGCCUGCCGAGUUCUUUGUGGUCAGCCUGUCAUUCAGUGACAUGGGCAUGACAUUGACCCUCUUCCCUUUCGCCAUCCCUUCCGCUUUUAACCACAGGUGGCUGUUUCCUGAGCCCAUGUGCAUGAUCUAUGCCUUCUGUGGUGUCUUCUUUGGCCUGUGCAGUCUGACCAACCUGACUGUCCUCUCGUGGGUGUGCUGGCUCAAAGUUUGCUGCCCUAACUAUGGCAGUAAGUUCUCUCCGCGCCAUGCUCGGAUGCUGGUGCUGGGCUCGUGGUGCUACGCACUGAUCUUCGCUGUGGGGCCUGCGUCCGGCUGGGGAGCGUUCGGCCCCGAGCCCUACGGCACGGCCUGCUGCAUCAACUGGCACCUGCCGCGCACCGACCUGCUGGCCAUGAGCUACAUCAUCUCGCUCUUCCUCUUCUGCUACAUUGUGCCCUGCUCCAUCAUCUUCCUCUCGUACCUCUUCAUCCUGCUGGCGGUGCGUGGAGCCCGGCAGGCCGUGCAGCAGCACGUCUCGCCCCAGAACAAGAUCACCAACACCCAGACGCUCAUCGUCAAGCUCUCCGUGGCCGUGUGCAUUGGCUUCCUGACGGCGUGGACUCCCUACGCGCUGGUCUCCAUGUUGGCUGCGUUCAGCAGCACAGAUGUGGUCCCCCCCAUAGCAUUCGCGGUAGCAGCUAUCUUCGCCAAGUCCUCCACACUCUACAACCCAUUGGUCUACUUGAUCUUCAAGCCCAACUUCCGCAAACUGCUGUGUCGGGACGCUACGCUCUGUUGCCAUGUCAUGUGCCACUGUGAGUGUCCAGUCGUGCCUGAUUCGACGCAGAAGGACUCGUGCGAGGUCUCGCGGCGUCACCAGGGGCUCAAGGAGGACGGCAACUCCACGCGGCUGUCCAACGGGCUGCAGGAGACGCACUCGGCCUGCAGGCACUGCCCUGAGGGCACCACGGGACGCUGCCUGAACGCGACGCCACUCAGGACCGCACGCAUCAUCGCCGACUCCGCCAACAGAGAGAUGGCCGUGAGUGAGCUCUCCAAUGACCACAGCGACUUCCUGUAGCUCUGGGGAGAGAGGGCUGAUGGGAUAUCAGAGGAGCUGUGACUUGGGGGGGGGGAACUAGUCAUUGAGGAUGCACUCUUAAAACGAAUAUGUUGAUAACAACACAACUUUGCAUUGUUUUUAAGACAUCUUUGUGUCCAGAUAGGGACAACACACUUUGUGAUGUUUCCUUUGUAUAUUUGUUACACAAUAUGUGUUGAAAAUAACACAACUUCGUUUUAAGAGUGUGUGGAGAAAAAGGAGGAGUUGGAGGAAAGAAAUAGUAGGCGAAAGGAGUUGUGCCAAACUGGGAGGAGUCAGACAAAGAAGACUGAUCAUCAACUAUCAAGGAGCCUUUUUUGAGGAUCUGUUCAUUUGGCCUCAAAACAAACAAACAAAGACAAAAAAAAAACCUGAACAGCCUCAAAAACACAGGUCUUAUACAGGUCAGACAAAUGCCUCAAAUAACAGAAACAUUACUUUUUUUUUGUUACUGCCAAAAGUAAAAACUUUUUUUGAACAAGUACACACAAUCAAAAUGUGAACUAUGACCGAAACUAUGACCUAUGAACUAUACUUGUGUACUUCUAGAAAGCAAGCAACUGGCUGGGCCAGACAUGCACGGUGUGUGUCAUCUGUAGGGGACACCACUGUUGUGGCUGUGGUGGGGGCUGGGUGGGGGUAUUCUUAUGUAACACCAGGCUGCCAAGCUGUGGUGCCAUAAUCACAAAAACAAGCUCUUUCCUGUCAUCUUUCCUUCACCCUGUCCCCUCCCAUUUCCUGUGAUGUGUCACAGAGGACUCCUGGGACAAUUACCCUUUGUCCAGCAGAUCUCUCUUUCUCUCUCCCUCUCUCUUCUCUCUCCCUCUGUCUCUCCCCAACAGGGUCUGUCUGCAGCCUAUGCAUCAUCCCGUAACUCUCCGUGUGAGAGGGGAAAGGGAGAGCUAUCCGCAGUGAAUUGUAUAUUCAGUCAAAAACCAAACAAGCAGGUUCUUUUUUCCCUCACUCUGUUACUGUUCCCUUUUGAAAUGUUUAAUCAACCCUUUAACAAUGAGAAGAGCAUCAAACUAUUGAAAAGUAUACAGGAGGUUUAUAGAUCUGUGUAUAUAUCGAGCAAUACAUUUUGUUUACAUCUAAUCUUAGUAAUGACGAUGCAGAGGGAGAUUUCUUUUCUGUCCCAAAAAAUGUCUACAAUGUAGCAGUUAUGCAGCUGUGUGGUGCAUUUCACAAACCACCCAGAGACAGGCUGAUCUCUCUCUCUCUCUGUCUCAUAUGAACCCUGCAAAACGCUGCUGUGACAUAUCCAAAUAGUACAAAGAUAUAAUUCCUUCAGGACUUUGUACAGUUUAUUCUUUCUGGGUUUUUCCCGAGUCUCGGUGCAGGCAGAUCACAUAAGCUAACAGCAAACCCUGUAGAGCAGGACUGCACUGCUGGACUGGAAGAAGAAAAAAAUGGAAGGAGUUAAUGGACUACAUAGAUCAGCACUGUUGUGGGCAGGUGUGUGAGCAGGAAGUGGUCUUUUCUUUCCCUCUGAUGCGAGAAUUUGAUUAGGAAGCGAUUCAUAGAGCGGUGGUAACCAUCUGGACGACCACUGCCGAUGGUGUCACCCCUGUUGAUAAGGCUGGGAAGAGAUCGAUUGGUUAAUGGGACGUACGCGGUGAGCUUCAUCUUUGUGUGUUAGCCCCUGUCACGGUUCCAAGCAUUUAGUGGGUAGGCCAGUCAAUGUCCUGUGCGAUCAGGUGCAAUCACAGCUUCAAAAGAAAUAAGCCUUGCCUGAAUUCUACUCAGUCUAUAAGCCUCAAAGUCUUUUUUUUAAAAAAACUAAGGUUGAGGGUGUUAUGAUGGGGGUUGCAUACUGUACAGGUCACAGUUAUUAUUUUGGUCCCCAGUAAUAUAAUUAGCUUUCGCCAUGAUCAAAGAGAGAAAAUGGUUUCCAUUAGUUGUUCUUUAUACUACAAUACAAGAAUUUGAUUACACACAGGAAAAGAAAGAUAAUAUUGUAUACUGUAUCAAAUUAUAUAUGCAGUUUCUAUCUUACAAUGCAGGUUUCAAACACAAAUUGCAAAAUGCAUCUGUACAUUUGAAUUUAGAGUAAAGCCAUACAGAAAACCAACCAGUUGGGAUGAAUUUAGUCAGUGCAUGGAUAAUUACAUGAGUAAAAUGUAAAAAAUAGCAUUUAGCUGAAAUUCAUCUUGUAUAAAUUCCAAACAUUUCCAUUAUUCUUGGGAAUACUUAUUGUACAGCACAUUACCUGUCAUAUCCAGCAUAUCAGGUUAAUUUGUUCGUUCAGGUACCUUUUCUAAUACUACUUUACUCGUCUAUUUAAAAACAGACACCUAUUGACUCCGUGUAAAUUGCCCUUUGGCCAACAUGUCUAACCAAAUCACAGGAGAAGUGUGUUAAUACACAACCACAAAUCGGUCUCCUGCUUUCUCCCGACUUCUUGCGCCCUCGCAGUGUGUGUGUGUGUGUGUGCAAAUGAACCAAUGUGUGCAUGCAUUAGAUUACUCACACAUGUUUUACGAAUGUAUUAUACCGCGUAUCGCUAUACUGUCCUCAGGGAACAAACUCCAACCAUUCAGUUAAUAGAAAAGUAAACAUUGGAUAUUAGUACGGCAAAAUUUACAGGGUGUGUGUGAAUGAACAAAGAAAAGAGAGAGAGAGAGAGUGUGUGUGUGUGUGUGUGUGUGUGUGUGUGUACUGUAUGUGUGUGUGUGUGUGUGUGCGUGCGUGUGUGUUUAUGCUGCUGGUGUCAAGAUUUUUUUUCUCUCUCUGUCUUCUAAACCCACAGUGAGAGCGUAGACGCUUGCUAUUUUCUAAUGGAGCAUCCAGGGAGUAAAAGGUGUUAGGAACAGCGGGCGAACACCUGCCAACAUCUUUUAAACAUCCUCCCUGAACAAAAUGCUGAUGAAGGGAGUGAACCACCACCAUGCUUGUCUAAAACUUUAUCUAUGUUUUUGCCAGGGUGGGAGGAUGAAUCCGCCAUUCGGUGGUAAAGUCAGGUUCUCAGGCAAAUCUUCUUCUGUUUUUUAUUUUGUUUUGUGUCACUUUUACAGCAAAGAUAAGCCUUUAUACUGUGAAUACAUACACUAUUGACAGCCUUCACUGCACUGUCAAGUUCAACGUGAGACUGGAUUCACACAGCACAGUGCAAUAUAUACACAACAGAAGACUUUCAGAAUCCUUCUAGAACAAUCUGUAUUCCUCUGUUUACAUGCGAGAUGUGUUCCACAGAGUGUACAGAUGAGGUGAAUGACUAACCCCAUGAGCAAACAAGGGCGUUUCCAUUUCCAUAUUAUACAAAUGCAAAAAUAUGCAGCUCCACAACCACACCAGUUUUAUACGACAACAGAAGCAAAGCACCUCUUCAAUUCACUCUGAUCUCCUAUUUUUCACCUCAGCUCUGUGGAAUUUUUGUCAUUGCAACACUUCAACGUUAUUACAUUGUUAUACAAUGUUAUUACAGUACGGUGUUAUUAUCUAUUUAUUAUUGUAUGAGUCACUAAAUAGUAUUCUAUCCCAAUCACAGAGUGUUGAGGGGCAGUAUUGUGUAACUGACUUGAUGAUACAACAAGAUCUUUGGAUGUUUUAUGCUGGCAACGCACACAUAUUGCAGUAGGUCACCAAGAGUUAAGUCCAAAGGUUGGCUUUUUUGUUUUGUUUUGUUUUUGGAGAAGCGGUAUCACUGGAUUGUUGGAUAGCCUUAGAGAUACCUGUAGAUGGACGUACACUUCACAAGCCAUAUUUUGAUUUUACGGCUACAUUCAUAUGGACUGUUUGGUCUUUGUUGGCCAUUCGACCAACGUUCAUUUUUUUGUGACUUCCAUAUGACUCUGCCUCCAUGUAUAUAGAAAAUAGAAAAGUAUUUAUGGAUGUAUAUAUGAUUCAACGUUUAAAUACACAUGUCUGUUAAAUGAGAUGGUUUUACUGGGCCCAAUGUUAUAAAGUUAUAAAAUGUGUAAACUUGUAUGUAUGCAAAAAAUAUUGCCAUGCAUUUGAUUUUUUUUUUUUUUUUUUAAAUGUAUUGCUUAUAAGGCCUUUGGAGAGACAUGCAAUUUUUAUCAUUGCUAAUUUGAAAGUGUGUUACCACUUUUAAUGCUUGCGUACAUAAUGAGAAGACAUUCAGCUGGGGAAGUAUUCCAGUGAGCUAUGUGAAAUCUUUUCAUUGCUUGAUGUUGACUUCAGAAAGAAAGUGUUCAAGUUGUUGUUUAAUCUUAGUAAUUGUACUUUGUUCAAUGAAAAAAAAGAAUAGAAUUCUCACUGCUUCAACACCACUGUCCUUUCACACCAGCAUUAGUUUGUUAUUGAAGAAUACACGAGUGAGAUUGCCAAUCCAUCUUGCACUGACAAGUUAUAUUUUUGGGAGUUUUAGGCUUUAAUGGGCAAGAAAGUGGAAAAGUUUGCUUGUAAAACAUAUAUAUUUUACAAAGAGAUAUUGUUAGAGACAUCAUUCUAAAAGUUCUUAUUUCUGAUGGAAGUAGUGCAAGAAAAUAUACAGGGUGUAGAGUAUAGAUGAAUGCUUCCCAUGACCUGCCAUCAAAUAUACAGAUUUUGCAUUUUAUAUUUCAAUGUUGUUAUGUAACAGCAUUAACCAUUACAUAACAGCAUUUGAUGUUAUGGGGGUGGCGUAUUGACAAAAAGGUAGAGACAUGUUUGAUAUCUCUCCGUCUUUGUGCAUCAAAUAGAAAAGCUUGUCCCAUCGGAAUCAGUUUACAUCUUGUGUUGAUUGAUGCAUAUGAUCUGGGAGAGAUGACAGAGCCCAACAAAAAGCAUCAUCCACUAAUCUCUUUGAAUUUCACUCUUUUGUAAUCAUGUGAAAGGACUGCCGAUGACACAUUUUCCAGAGACUCCGUCUCUUCCGUGGGGGAAUCCACAGUUUUAGCAUAAUCCUCUCUGGAAGUUCCAACAGUGACAUUUGUCAGCACUCCCACAUUGCCAAGCAGGCACCUGUCUACACUGAAAAAAAGGAAGCCAACAUCUUAGCACAUAUUCUCACAUAAUGUUUGAAAACCCUACAUGCAUAAGUACUGCCACUUCUCUGAGCAACUAUCAAUAGUAUCUUGAAAUGUCAAGUACCUUGACUGUUGCUAAGUUGCUUCUGAGGAAUCAUCUUUGUUCAAAAAUGAACUUAUUUGACAGAAUUGAUUAACACAAACAGCAUGAUAUAAGUUUGAUGUUGCAAAUUGAAAAAAAAAAACUGUAUUAGAAAAGGGUGAUGGACUUGUGCACUACAGGCCUGUCAAGCGGAAUAUAAAAGUUGAUCUAAUGCAAUUAAAUUCUUAAAUUAUACAUCAUGUCAAGCUGUUUUAUCAUUGUUCUUUUUAGCGGCUGCGACAAUAAAGCCUGGGGAUAGGAUUAUGGGAUGAGGGGUCAAGACUUCAGAAUUGCAGAGGGGGAGAUGAGAAGUAACACCUGUGGUAGGCCUACAUACAGAACAUCUACUCAUCCCCUAUAGUGCACUAUAUAUGAAUAACUAAAUAACCAACAUUAUACAAGUAUCUAUUUAUCUAUCUAUCUAUAGUGUGCUAUGUUGUAGGUGAGUGGAUGUCUCAAACAUAGGCCACAUGUCUGCUCUGAGCAUGUGUUCCGUGAGAGACAGGCUUUCUCUUUUACUCCUCUUUUCCAGAUGCCACAAACCCAGAGAGUCACUAGCUCUCACACACACACACUCAAAAAGUACACAUGUCCACAUACCUGCUUUCCAUGCUGUACAUUUCAUCUACCUAGUUACAGUGGCCAAAUUUCCGUUGGCUGUCAAAUCUUAAGUAUAGUAUAAGUAUAUAUACUCUUUUGAUCCUGUGAGGGAAAUUUGGUCUCGUGAAUUAGUGAA